AUGUCCUCCUUUUUGAAGCUCACUGCCCUCGUCGCUGCUGCUUUCGUUGUCGGGGCACAAGCGGAGAGUCAUACCGUCACUUUCCAGAAUUCGUGCGGUAAGGGUGUGCCCACUUUGAAGGCAAAUGGAGUAACACUGUCGACUGGGGGAGCCUACACCUCCAAUGGCCCUCUGGAAGCUGCCAUCGCCUACCUUGACGUCGGUUGUGGCGCCAAUGGAGAAGGAUGCACCACAAUUGAGACCACUCUUGUCAACCCCACUUCACCUGGAUCCGGUUCUAGUACUGAUAUUAGUUUGAUCCCUCCCCAUGCUUUCUCGGUCACUAGUGGAUUCGGAUAUUACAAUGGCUGCGAUGGGGCUGGAGCUGAUUGCACUAAUGCCAACUGUCCUACUGCGUUCAAAGUACCUACCGACACCCAGGUCCAAGUCGCUUGCCAAGUUGAUAAUGUUGACCUUGUCAUCACUUUCUGUGAUUAA